CGGGUCCCUCCCCCUCUAUGCUCCCGUAUCUCCCCCCACCCUCCCCUCCUCAACCUGUCCCCCAGUCCGACCCAAUCACUCCUUCCCUCCCUCACUCCAUUCGGGUGGUGUCAGAUCAACGAGAUGGCAUCGAAGCACCACCCGAACCUGGUGCGGCUGCUGGGGUUCUGCAUGGACUAUGAUGCGGCAUCGGAGCGCAUGGAGCAGAUCGCCAUCUAUGAGUUCAUGCCCAAUGGGGACCUGUACCACCGCAUGCACGCCCAUGACACAGGCAUUAGUAGCACCCCCCUGACCCUGCAGCAGCGCCUGGACAUUUUGAUAGGAGUGGCGCGUGCGCUGGAGUAUCUGCACCGCUUUGGCAUCGUGCAUCGUGACAUCAAGCCCGCCAACAUACUGCUGGACGCACACAUGCAGGCAAAAGUGUCAGACUUUGGUUUGCUCCGAAUGGGUGAGGGCAGCGGCUCACUGCAAUCAACACGAGUGAUGGGCACACCGGGCUAUGUGGACCCCGUCUAUUCACUCACUCACAAGGCCACUUCAAGUGCUGAUGUGUACAGCUUUGGAGUGGUCAUGAUGGAGCUACUGACCUGCAAGCAUGUCGUGCUGCGACGUGAAGAUGAGUCACACAUCAACAUCAAGGACUGGGUGGAGCAGGAGGUGGAGAGAGGGGGCAUUGCGUCUGUUGUCAAUGGGGAUCUCAACGCACCGCAUGCCGUGGCCUCCAAUCUAGUUGCAAUUUCUCUCUCAUGUGUUGCAAAGCUCAUAUCAAAUUGA